AUUAAACAGGGUUUGUCAUCUACUCUACUGCAAUUUUAGGGAGUAGAAACAGAUAUAAGAUGUUUGGGAGUAUGAUUCGGUACUUUUCGACGAAACCCAAACCAAAAAUGAAGCCAAUCGAGCUGACAACGCCGCCUGAGCAAACGCAGACCAUAACCAGAGUCACCUUUGACAUUCUCAAGGAGCAUGGCCCCCUCACUGUCAGCGAUACUUGGGAACGAGUCAGGGAGGUUGGAUUGAGAGGACUUACAGGCAAGAGUCAUAUGAAGAUUGUGCUGAGAUGGAUGAGAGAGAGACAGAAUAUUAAGCUAAUACGCAACCAUGUGGGACCUCACAAACAAUUCCUGUAUACAACUUGGUUCACUAAGCCAAACAUCAGGCAUGCAAGAAAUGUCAAUACUUCCUCACCUCCAACAACUAGUUUGCCUCAUAAUACUUAUUCAACUCCAAAGUCAUCUUGAGGUUAAGUUUCAUGCUCUGCAAUACUUCUGGCUUAAGGACAUUUACUA